CCACACCACUACCCACCAAAGAUGUCCAAAGAUGUGGAAAAUCCGAAAGAUGGUGUAGCCCAGAAAGUUUCAGAUGUGGGUACAGAUGCUCCUUUCCAUGCCAGUGAACCUCAAGUCCCUUGGUACAGUGGCUUACUCCACCACGCAUCAGUCUAUGGCAUAGCUGCCGGAUACUGCCUUUCAGCAUCGUUACUCUCCAUAAUUAACAAAUGGGCUGUGAUGAAGUUUCCAUAUCCUGGUGCACUGACUGCUUUACAAUACUUCACAAGCGCAUUUGGUGUUCUCAUUUGUGGGAGGCUCAAGCUCAUAGAACACGAUUCUUUAGACCUCCUCACAAUGUGGCGGUUCUUACCAGCAGCGUUUAUAUUCUACCUCUCUCUUUUCACCAACAGUGAGCUCCUCUUGCAUGCCAACGUCGACACCUUUAUUGUUUUCCGUUCAGCAGUCCCUAUCUUUGUUGCAAUAGGAGAGACACUCUACUUGCACCAACCAUGGCCAGCGAUCAGAACAUGGAUCUCACUUGCCACCAUCUUUGGUGGUAGUGUGCUUUAUGUCACAACAGAUUACCAGUUCACACUCAUGGCUUAUAGCUGGGCCUUGGCUUACCUGGUGAGCAUGUCCAUAGAUUUUGUUUACAUUAAGCAUGUGGUUAUGACAAUUGGGUUAAACACAUGGGGUCUUGUACUGUACAAUAAUCUCGAGGCUCUGCUACUGUUUCCACUAGAGCUACUUAUCAUGGGAGAGUUGAAGAAGAUAAAGCAUGAAAUUUCUGAUGAAUCUGAUUGGUAUUCUUUCGUGGUGGUUUUGCCAGUUGGGUUGUCAUGUUUGUUUGGUUUAGCAAUUUCUUUCUUUGGGUUUUCAUGUCGGAGGGCGAUUUCUGCAACGGGGUUUACUGUUCUUGGCAUAGUGAACAAGCUUUUGACAGUUGUGAUCAAUCUGGUUGUUUGGGACAAGCAUUCGUCGUUUGUUGGUACUAUCGGGCUUUUAAUUUGUAUGAUGGGUGGGAUUAUGUACCAACAGUCUACAAGCAACAAGUCUAAGGCCGUGAAAGAAGUAAUAUCACAAGAGAUUGAACGGGAACAACAGAAGCUACUCGAAAUGCAGAGUAUUGAGGAAACUAAUGAUGACGUGAAGCAAGUCACUGACUCAGGACAGGGUAAAUAAGAGGUACAUUUAUUGUAGUUGUUGAACUAUGGGCGAAAUUUGGUAUUUUUUAUUGUGUUUGUUUUCACAAAAGCAUUUUUUAGAGCUUAAAAGAGUCGCACUGGUAAUACCUUCUUCGCUGAAUUGGAUGUAAACCAAGUGCCUCAGCUACAAGUAGGGGAUUAAAUUUGUUCCAUUUUUACUGAUUUGUACAUUAUUUGUUGAUCUUACACGUUUUAUGUAUUAGGCAUUUUGUUAAACUUUCCUUCCUACUUCA